CCCACCCUUCUCUUCCCCUGGGGUUUUUGAUCACGGCGAGAGAGAGGAGCGAUUGCGGGAAAAGAAAGAAAGAGAAGAAAAGGGGCGGCAGCUUCCCUCCCUUCCUGCGUAAAACCGAAGUAGAACGAAUCCUCCCUCAAAGCAGAAGAUACUUCUAUCGAGAUUCAUCCAAGAUAGUUCGAUAAAUAGAGGAAGGAUUAGAUUUUUUUUUUUUUCUCCGCUUUUUUCCUCGCCCCAUCCCUUGUUUCCCCUCAAAAUUUUCCUCCCAAGCUUUUAUUCUUGGUAGAAUUCGAAGCUUUGGUUCUUCUCCUCGAAAUCUCGAUCCCGUCCUUCCCAUUCACCCCUUCCCUUUUCCCCCUUUCCGCCUCCUCCCUGGGAACCCAAAAAAGUCCCCCUUUUACCCAAUCCUUUUCCGAUUAGGGUUCCUCUGCUUCCUUCCGGUCGCCAUCGGCGUCGGGCACCUUGGGGUAGGCCUUUUAGAUCGGAAAGAUUCGACUUUGGGAUCGGGGGACCAGUCUAUUGGGGCAUCUGGAGUGUUCCGGAGAUCGGAUUAUGGGCUGUGGUCCUCUGGAUCUUUGUUCUUGGCGGCGUUUCAGUUUCCCUUGCCGAGGUUCUCUUUCCCAUUGAAAAAAAGGUUCUCUUUUUUUUUCCUCUAAUUUCGCUCCCGCAGCUUCGAAUUGGCCAUGUCUUAGGACAUGGAAGAAGACUGCAGUUUAACGAUCAUCUUGGUGUUAUUCCAAUUUCGGUAUACUUGAUUCGAGUUACCAGUUUUCUGCGUGUUUUUUUGGUGUUUCCGUUGUCGGCGAUACUACUCUAGCAAACUGGAUCUUGGUUUUUGCUGGGUUUGGUACCUUGACGACCACUUAGAUUUUCUGAGGCUCAGUCUGUGUGUUCAAAUGGUGUAGUGUGACACUUGGAGGGGUCGAAAUUUUGCUUUACCAGUAUAGUAAGUUUGUUUUUGGAUCGAUUUCCUCUCCAUUUGGAGGUUCCUAGGGUUCUCGUUUGUCUGUUCGGGUGGCGGAUUGUGACCAGGGCAAUGGCAAGGUUUUGAAGCUGGAAAUGUGUUUGGGGACAUGGUGCAUGGACAGGAGCAUGGCCAGUGGUCGGUUCCCACACUGGAACAGCGGUACUGGAAACUAGGACUCGUAGCUGAUCCGGGGUCUACGUGCAAUGUCUCGCUGCUUCCCAUUUCCGCCACCAGGAUAUGAAAAGAAGCCAAGGAGUGAAAACUUAGAUUUCCUAGCCAAGGAGAAGCACAAAGAGAAGAAGCAUAAAAAGGAGAAGGGGGACAAAGAGAAGAGAGAAGGUAAAGAGAAAAAGGACAAAGACAGCAGUAAAGAUAAACACAAGGAGAAGAAAGAUCGAAAAGAAAAGCAUAAAAACAAGAAUAAAGAUAAACAUAAGGAUAAAAGCAGGCCAUCAGAGGAUAGAAGAAUUGAAGAACAGACUGAGGGUCACCAUGAAGACAGAUUUGGGGAAUACAGCCAGAAGGCUGAGGAAGUUAAAGAUUUUAAAUUUGCAGAGGAUUUGGGCAGGAGGAUCAAGGAUGAAGAAAAGAGAGCAGCAAACAGAAUGGUCGAGAACUUUUCUAGUUCAUUUCAAAGAAACACUGAAAAAUCGAGUACUGCCGCUCUGGUGGAGAAUAAAAGAGUUACAGGUAAUGAAAUGCUUCCAAAUCACACUGGAACAAUGCAAAGGAGAAAUGAUGGAAUGGGACAUCCAGCAGAUAACUUUCCUAGUCCAGUUCAAAGAAGAACUGAGGGCGUUGGCUCUGGAACUGCGAUGCAGAAGCAAAGAAGUGCAAGUAGUGGAGUGGUUCCUAACAGCAUUAGUUCAAGGCAAAGAGGAAACACUGCGAUGGGCCUAUCAGCAGAAAAUUCCAUGCAUUCUAUUCAAAGAAGGUCCGAGGGACCAUGCAUUACAACUGCAUCAGAGAAGGAAAGAGGCACAGGUGACAAAAUCAUCUCAAAAGCCAGUGUUACAGUGCAAAGGGCACAUGAUGGGAUGGGCCGACCGGGAGAAAGUCCAUCUAGUUUCUCUGGUUCAGUUCAAAGAAAAUUUGAUGGUGUGGGCCUUGCAACUGCGACGGACAAGGAAAGAGGAAAUGGUAAUCAAGUUGUUCCUAUCCACAUUUUCACAGCAAAAAGAAAUGAUGGGCUUGGAAAAUCAGCAGCGAAGGAUGCAGAUAGGAAGAUUGAAGAGAAGGAGAAAACCAAAGAGAGAGAAGUGGAUGAUGGAAAGGGAGAAAAGCGCAAGGACGGGGAUGAGAAGAACAGAGGAAAGGACAAAGACAGAAAAAAAGAGAAGAAGGAGAAAAUGGGAGAGAAAGAUGAACACAAACAUAAAAAGCAACAUAAACCAAGAGACAGUGGAAAAAAGGAUCAGAUUGAUAAUCUAAAAAUAAAGCAAUUAGCCCCUGAAAAAGUCAGUGGAACAAGUGCUGGUUCUGAUGAAACAGCCAAGAAGAGGAAGGACUUUGAGAUGAAUGGUUUUCUGCAUGACAAAGAUGUACGUCCUAAUAAGUUUUCAAGACCAGCACCUACCUCUGACCUCCCUGUAGAGAAUGGAAGAACAGUAUUGCAUGUUGCUACCCCUGAUUCUUCCAUCAAGCCUGGAGUCAUAAGUAACAAGGCAGAAAGAGUCCUAGGAAUUAAGGACCAGAAGAUAAAUGGCACCGCAGAAGCAAAGCCAUCUUCAGCUGACUUGGGCCAUCCAAUUUCUGUAGACACUAGGGAGAAGGCCAAAGCUCCUCCAGAACCUCCUCACCCGGAUGCCAGGUAUCUUAACCAGAUAUACUCUGUUCCCAAAAUGGAAGAAUGGCUUGAGUCUGAUGAUCAAGAAUGGCUUUUCAGUAGGGAUAACCUUCGGCCAAAGCCUAAGACAAAGAUUGAGGCUGUUGAAACACCUCAUGUGUGGGCUGAGGCAUUACGGAUCGAUUCAGAGGAUGUUAUUGCUUUGCCAUAUGUCAUUCCUUACUGAUACCAGAUACUCUAUUUACACUCAGCAUGCUGGUCCCUGAAUUCCCACUGAAGGUAUGGCAGCAUGGCAAAAUAGAUGCCUGUUUUCUUGCUGCCCUUCUACUCUAAUCCUGUUUUACCAGGUACGAGUUUGGACUUCCUGCGACUGGUGGUACAUGCUAGUGGCCUUGUCCUGGGCUGUUCGAGUGAAAUGGGUCACCGGUCAUCGUGUUCUCCCAAUCAAAUGGACUUGGAUAUAUCAGCAUUUCUUUGUUUAUACCCAAUAUAAGUCAUUCAGGUAGAAGUGCAUUCAAUUAAUGCAAUGUCCACUGUCCAAUGUCCAUACCAAUGAAUGGAGAAGCAGGGAGUUGUCUUGCUGCAGAACUGCACAAUUUUGAUUGAUUUGUAUCAUGUAAAUCUUUUCAUAAUUAGAAAUGUACAAUAGAGGGGCAAAAGAGAGAACAAAAUGAAAGAGGCUAUUGUCAUUCAUUCAUACCCUGUUAUUUGGUCAUCUGCUGACUUUAUUUCCCUUAUAGAAUGAGGUGAUUAUUUUGUAGCUUAAAGGAGGCGCUCAUUUGUGUUAGUGAAUCAUUCGUUCAUGCUGCGGUAGUUGCGGGGCUGGGCGCUGUGGAAAGAUUUAUGGUUCAUAUAUAAAAAGACGUUUCCAUUGAUGGAUGCACAGAAAUUCAAGGAAACAGUCUGAGUGACAUAUUUUUAAAGCCACUGCCGAAAAAAAUUGUUAGUGACAUACAAUCUGGCCAUUAAUGGACACAGUUCUACCAUUGUAUAAAAAUGCUGUUAUAAAUUUGUUUCCUACUUUGUUUA